CAACAAUCACCUGCAAACCCAAAACCCUUCGGCACUCCAUGACCACUGUCAUCUACUAUCACCCUACCAUGAAAAAGACAUCCGUUGCUACGGACUGAAGAAUUCUCCCAUCAACUAGGUUUCGAACCUUCUCUGCCAGCCUCCCACUGCUGCCGCCUGCGCAGUUCAUCAUGAGUCGACUAUGGCGCUCGGCCGCAGUCGCCACGCUGCUCAGCCUUGCAUCGGGAGAAGCAUAUACGCCAAAGCAUGAAGCAGGGAGAUGUUCCAUACGUGGGAGUUGUGGGAGCUCACAUUUCUGGGAACCGGCCCUGCCAUGUCUGGAUAACGGGCUUGCGAAAGAACCAGAGGAUGAUGUGAGAAAGCAGCUGGUGCAGAUCUGCGGGCCAAAAUGGAAUACUGGCCCGAUAUGCUGCGAAGGAGAACAGCUUAAUACCUUGUCGGAAAACCUCAAGAAAGCAAACCCCCUCAUUUCAUCAUGUCCGGCCUGCAAAGAGAACUUCUACAACAUCUUCUGCACCUUCACAUGCUCUCCUGAUCAGUCGAUAUUCAUCAACGUUACCCAAAUCGAAAAAAGUGGCGAUACAGCAAGAGUGACGGAGCUUGAUCAACUUGUGUCUGACGAAUAUGGAUCUGGUUUCUACGAUAGCUGCAAGGAUGUGAAGUUUGGGCCUACGAAUGACAACGCAAUGGCUUUAAUUGGUGGUGGGGCGAAGAAUUAUCCUGACUUUCUAGCUUUUCUGGGAAAGAAAAGCCCCCUCCUUGGAUCGCCGUUCCAGAUCAACUUUCCGAAUCCGAGCACUUACCCCGACGAUCGUAUGAGGCCGCUGGAGAUGACCCCCAAGAAAUGUAACGAUGAGGACGAGAGUUUCCGAUGUGCGUGCGUCGACUGUCCUGCCGUGUGCCCGGAAUUGUCCGAAGUUUCCCAAAAAGGGACUUGUCAUGUGGGACAGCUGCCGUGCCUCUCCUUUGGAGCUAUUUUAACAUAUGGUAUAUUCAUCUUUUUGCUUGUCACUGCUAUAUUUGGUCAUAUCGCAUGGGCAAAACAUGCGCAGCGGAAGAGUGAACGCCUGCGUUUACUCCAAGACGCCGCUCCUAGCGACGACGAAGAUGAAGGAGAUAUGGUUCAUAAUGGUGCCAUAUAUGACCGGCCGCAACGGAAUUACUGGAUCAAUACUGUUUGUGAUGGUGCUUUCAGUCGUUUAGGCUACGCUGCGGCGAGCUUUCCUGGCAUCACCAUUGGCAUUAGCGUUCUUGUUGUCGGUCUGCUCAGCCUAGGAUGGAUUCGAUUUGACAUAGAGAGAGACCCCGCCAGAUUAUGGGUCAGCCCAGCAUCUACCGCCGCACAGGAGAAGAUCUUCUUUGAUGAUAACUUUGGGCCGUUUUAUCGUGCCGAGCAGGUAUUCUUGGUAAACGAUACACUUCCUUCUGGGCCCGGCCCCGUCUUGAGCUAUGACACUCUCAUGUGGUGGAUCGGUGUCGAAGAGCGUAUAAGUGGCCUCAAAGGACAGAAAACUGGCUCUUCACUUGACGAUGUCUGUUUCAAUCCUACCGGAAAUGGUUGUGUGGUCCAGUCAGUAGCCGCCUACUUUGGAAACAACCUCAAGAAUUACAAUUCCAGCACUUGGGAAACCAAGCUCCGGGCUUGUGCUAAGUCUCCGGUGAAAUGUCUCCCUAAGUUUGGCCAGCCCAUAGAUCCCAAAAUGAUCCUCGGCGGCUUGUAUGAUACCGAUGACGUUGCAACUUCGUCUGCGACUAUUGUUACUUGGGUUAUCAAGAAUUCCGCCGAAAGAUCUCCCGAAGUUGAAAGUGCGAUGGACUGGGAGGAAUCCCUCAGAACUACGCUGCUAGAUGUACAACAGGAAGCAAGAGAUAAAGGAUUGAGAUUAUCCUUCUCGACGGAGAUCAGCUUGGAACAGGAACUCAACAAGUCUACCAACACCGAUGCAAAGAUUGUUGCCAUAAGCUAUGUGAUGAUGUUCAUUUACGCUUCACUCGCCCUCGGUUCUACAACGUUGUCUCUACGGUCCUUCUUCCGAAAUCCGUCAACUUCCCUUGUUGAAUCCAAGUUCACUCUGGGCGUUGUCGGUAUCGUUAUUGUGCUCAUGUCAAUUUCAGCCUCUGUUGGUUUAUUUUCAGCAGCUGGCAUCAAAGUUACUCUCAUUAUUGCAGAGGUCAUUCCCUUUAUUGUGCUGGCAGUUGGGGUCGACAAUAUCUUCCUCAUCGUACACGAGUUUGAAAGAGUAAACAUAAGUCAUCCAGAUGAUAUGGUGGAAUACCGCAUUGCGAAAGCGCUGGGGCGGAUGGGCCCGUCGAUACUAUUGUCUGCAACAACGGAGACUAUUGCAUUUGCUUUGGGAGCAUUCGCUGGCAUGCCGGCUGUUCGAAAUUUUGCGAUCUAUGCGGCUGGUGCCGUCUUCAUCAACGCAAUACUACAGGUCACGAUGUUUGUAUCUGUUUUGACACUCAACCAACGGCGGGUGGAAGAUCGUCGAGCCGACUGUUUCCCCUGCAUUCAGAUUAGGAGUGCUGGUGUUCAGUUCGGCCAGGGCAACGGCAACGGAUAUGCGAGAUCAUAUGAAGGCCAAGAUGAAGGAAGUCUUCAGAAAUUUAUCCGCAAGGUCUAUGCCCCUGCCCUACUUGGGAAGAAGAUGAAGGUUGCCAUAAUUGUCGUUUUCCUGGGUAUCUUCACAGCAGGAGUGUCAUUAAUACCCGAAGUAUCUCUUGGGUUAGACCAGCGACUCGCAAUACCGGAUGACUCCUAUUUGAUCCCAUACUUCAACGACCUAUAUGAUUAUUUCGAUUCUGGCCCACCCGUCUAUUUCGUCACUCGAGAAAUAAACGUUACAGAACGAGCCCACCAACAGCAGUUGUGCUCGCGAUUUACUACGUGCGAGCAAGAGUCGCUCACGAACGUUCUGGAGCAGGAAAGGAAAAGACCAAACAUAUCUUACAUUGCAUCACCUGCAGCAAGCUGGAUUGAUGACUAUUUCCGUUGGCUUGACCCCGAGCUUGACGAAUGCUGUGUCGAAAAUGGCAAGACAUGCUUCGAAGACCGAACCCCGCCAUGGAAUAUCACACUUUCAGGCAUGCCCGAGGGGCAAGAGUUCAUCCACUAUCUUCAGGAAUGGAUUGUCGCGCCAACCGGUGAGAGCUGCCCAUUGGGCGGAAAGGCUCCAUAUUCGACUGCUCUUGUUAUCGAUUCGGAGAGAGAAACCAUUCCCGCAAGUCACUUCCGUUCAAGCCACACCCCACUCCGCAGCCAAGAAGACUUCAUUGAUGCUUUGGCAUCUGCUCGCAGAAUCUCCGAUGGGCUUAGUGAAAGCACUGGCAUCGACAUAUUCCCGUACAGCGUGUUCUACAUCUUCUUCGAUCAAUACGCCACGAUCGUCAACUUGACUGCUACUCUACUCGGCUCAGCUCUUGGCCUCAUCCUAGUAAUUUCAUCAAUCCUACUUGGAUCCCUCAAGACUGGUGCGGUCGUCACAGCUACUGUUCUUAUGAUUGUGGUCGACAUCACUGGGACCAUGGCCGUUUUCGACGUGUCUUUGAAUGCGGUCAGCCUCGUCAAUCUCGUUAUUUGCGUUGGUAUUGGAGUCGAAUUCUGCGCACAUAUUGCCAGGGCCUUCAUGUUCCCUUCACGCUCAGUAAUAGAACGUGCUAAGAACAAGUUCCGGGGCAAGGACGCUCGCGCCUGGACUGCACUCGUGAACGUUGGAGGAUCAGUAUUCUCUGGCAUCACGAUCACCAAGCUGAUCGGUGUAUUUGUGCUUGCCUUUACAAGAAGCAAGAUUUUCCGGACCUUUUACUUCCGCAUAUGGCUGGCGCUGGUCGCCUUUGCUGCAACGCAUGCCUUGAUAUUCCUUCCCGUGGCCUUGAGCUUAUUUGGCGGCGAAGGAUAUAUUGAUCCAGAGAGUGACGGAGGGUUGGAGGAAGACCUUGCAAGUAGACGGUACAGGGCUUUGUUGCCAGAUGAUGGAGACGAUUCAGACGAUGACUAUUGAGUAGAGCCUACAUAGAUUGAUGUCGAUAAUGUAAGAUCAUAAAUUGGAUAGCGAUGGUACACGCUAGGUUUCCCCAAC